AUGGCCAGUGCUUGGGGACUCAAUCCGAGGACGACACCAUGGACCGGCCAGCAUGAUACAAUCUCUCUUUCUCCCCUCCGUCAAGCAGCCGCACCCGAUUCCAGCUCCGAAAUCACAGCGCAGACAUCGUUAAUGUCCAAAGGCUCCGAGAAGAAUCUUGAGACAUUGCAUCAUGGACUUGACACCCGCGCACCUCGACUCCUGGCUGUAUGGUGGCAAGAGGGUAUCGCUGCAUUCUGUUUGGCCGCUUCUGCAAUCGCCUCAUUCGCCACUCUCUAUCCUUAUCAGGGCAAGCCGCUGCCUGAAUGGCCUUACUCAAUUACCAUCGGAGCACUGCUGUCUACCUACUCGGUUAUCCUUCGGUUGACAGCGUCGUUCUUGGUAGCAGAAGGCCUGGCCCAAUUGAAAUGGCAGUGGUUUAACACAAAAGAAAGGCCUCUACACGAUCUAGUGCUACACGAUGAAGCCACAAGAGGACCGCUAGGUGCAAUCAAGUUCUUGGCCAGAAUCCCUCUCCCACGGAGUUGGCAAUGGCUGGCCUGCGUCCUAAUUAUUAUUGGUCUGCUUAUUGGUCCCUUCACACAACAAGUCUUGCAAUACACGCAGUGUGCUGUCCCACUUCCGCCCUCCGACAUCCACCGAACCCAAGUCCCGCGUGCCUCAAUAUUCGUUGGCAACGGAACACACGAUGGUGCCGCAAUCAAUACAUUGGUCCUUGGUGAGCAAGCAUCGGUCAAUGCUGGUCUUUAUACCACUGGACAAGUUAGUGCAGUCUGUCCCUCAGGAAACUGCACCUUCAGCAUCUAUAAGUCUGUCGGAUAUUGCAGCACAUGCAUUGAUGUUUCUGCCGACGCCAAAGUCGUCGUCGUGAACAACACGAACAGUGUGCCUCCUUUCAACAAUUCCGUCAUCACCACGACCUCCUUAUCCAGUGGUCUCUCUGUCGUGUACACUUGA